UAGAUCAGCUCGUAAAAAGAGUUGUUCUAGCUUAACCAAGAUCUCGAGUUUGAGACUUGAGGACACAACAACACUUGUUGAGAAAGCUUUUCCUUCAAUUGGUUCUAAUCCGGAUUAGCCGGAAUCCAAUUGGCUUUGGAUUACCAAAUACACUUAUAUUGAAAAAAAAAAAUUUUAAAAUUUCAAAAAAUAACACCUUUUUUUCAAUUGCUUAAAAAAACCUGUUUCAUUUCAUGACAGCUAAAUCGGUUGAUAAAGUUACUUCAUUUCAAUUUUUCAGUGUCACAACAUCCGUACUCUCCGAAGUUUCAAUUCCAAUUUUUUUUCCUUCUCAUUUUUAAUUCCUCUAUUAAUUUUUUUCCCUUUUUUGUCCUCUCUCAAUCUUUCUCAAAGAUAAUGGCAUCGUUGCUUCAAAUUCUUCUCUUUUUUGCUUUUAUGAAUUUUUUCUCGAGUUCCUCAGCUGAAAUUAGCAGAAAGGAAGUAAGAAGUAAAGAAACAAUCCAGGAAAAUCUUGUAAAGUCGAGCAGGAUCGAUCCAUCAAGGGUUGUUCAGCUGUCUUGGCAACCAAGGGUCUUUGUUUAUAGAGAUUUUAUCUCUGAAGAGGAUUGUGACCAUCUCAUCUCUCUGGCACAUGGACAGAGCGAAGGAGCCAACUCUGUGGUCAGUGACACCCAAGGACUGAGUACAAGAUCACUAGUCACUCUUGAUGUGAAAGAUGAAGUAGUUGCAAGAAUAGAGGAAAAAAUUUCAGCAUGGACUCUUCUUCCUCUAGAGAAUAGUAGGGCUUUAGAAGUUCAGCAUUAUGGGAAUGAAGAAGCCAAACAGAAAAAUGACUAUUUUGGGAAUCAGUCUGCCUGGCAAGUUAGUGAACCUUUGAUGGCAACUGUUAUCUUGUUUCUUUCAGACGUGUCUCGAGGUGGUGAGAUUUCCUUCCCUGAGUCACAGCUCAAAGCCUCUCGAUUGAGGACCAGAGUGUGGUCUACUAACCAUGACAAGCUGCUAAGACCUAUCAAAGGGAACGCUAUUCUGUUUUUCAGUGUCCGCCCCAACGCAUCUCCUGACAAAAGCAGUCGCCAUGAGAGAAAUCCUGUUCUUGAGGGUGAAUUGUGGUGUGCCACCAAAUUCUUUCACAUACGAUCAAUAGUAAGUAAGAGAAACAUUCUAUCUGAGUCAGACAACAGUGACUGCAGCGAUGAAGAUGAAAAUUGCCCACAAUGGGCUGCACUUGGUGAAUGUCAAAAGAAUCCAACAUUCAUGGUUGGUUCUCCUGAUUAUUAUGGGACGUGUAGGAGGAGCUGUCAUGUUUGCUGAUUCAUUGAAUUACAGUCAAGAAGCUUUUAGCAGGAUUUAGUGGUAGCCGGUUAGGUUUAGUAUUUUUUCUUCUUUGAAAUCCAUAUCCAUGUGCAUCUCUAUAACUCGAUUGGCAGAUAUCAUGAAUGAAACUGCUAAUCUUACGAGCUUGACAAAGUUUUGUAACUGCACUGCAGCAAGUUCUUAUGUUUGAAGUUAUUAACACGAUACUUGAUUGAGCUAA